AUGGAUUCCUCACUCGUUCAGCAGUGGGAUGCACCUGGCAGCCCCUUCCUUCCUACCAUCGGCAAGGGAACCCAGUUCCUAGUUGGAUUCACCCUCGUCGUUCUCGGCUUCACCCUCUUCGGAGGCUUUGCCCUCAAUCGCUCCUUUGUCAACAUCCCCAUCCUCGGAGUUCCCGCUUCUCUGGCCCUGGCGUUCGGCACCGUCUACAUGUUCUGUGCUGUUGGAGUCUGGAGAGACCGCAUCUCCCAACCAUCUCUUGACACCGUAUUCACGACACUUCACAACCCAUCUGAAACCAUGGCCUCUGCCAUCGGCUCCGUGCCCCUGAGGCCGCCGCUUUUUCGAGCCAUUACGAGCUCGACGAGGCAGAUCUACCAGCUGCUCAAGUGCAUCAGCUUCACCACCAAGGCGCACGUCCAAAUCACCCAGGACGGCAUCAGGUUCGCCGUGGACCAUUCCCGAGUAAUGCAAGGUGUUGCUUUUCUGGACAAGGCUCUGUUCAGCAAGUAUGCCCUGACCCUGCCCGAUGAUGAUGAUAGUGCUUUGCCUCAAUUCCAAAUAAAUUUGGCCGCCUUCCUGGAAGCACUCCAGAUUUUCGGCGCCUCAGACGCUGCCGCGAGGCAGGCCAAGGCCGAGGCCGAAUCCUAUCGGAGCAACCUGAAGAAUUACCGUCCGGAUGCAUUCAAUCACCAGACCUUAGGCAUGACCGGCACCUGCUGUCUUCUGUACGAGGAAGAUGGUUCGGCACUCAGCAUCAUUCUAGAGGAGACGGGUGUCAAGACGCAGUGUAACAUGACAACCUACCUACCCGACCAGCCAGACGACAUUCCUUUCGAUCGAGAUGAUCUGACCUUCAAGAUCAUUAUGCAGGCAAAAUGGCUGCUCGAUGGGCUAUCCGAGUUGGCACCCAUGUCGCCUACCCGCAUGACCAUCACAGCAUCACCGACCGCACCAUACCUGAGCCUCUCGAGCGGCGGCCCCGUGGGCAGCGCAAGUGUGGACUUCUCCAGCGGCCGUGAGCUUCUGGAGACCUUUUCGGUCCGCGAGAAGUGGACGCAGAGCUUCAAGUUUGACCUCAUCAAGUCGGCGAGUGAAGCCAUGCGUAUCGCAAGCAAAGUCAGUUUUCGCGGGGACGGACAGGGAGUUCUGAGUCUGCAGUUCAUGGUUGAGGUCGAAGGCGGUUCAGUCAGCUUUCUGGACUUCCGUUUCGUGCCGUACGCAGAGAACACGCUGGAGGAUGAUGAGGACACAGGAUCUGAGGGAGCCGAGUUUGACUAG